AUGAAAGCAAUUGCCCCAUCACCAGAAGUUCCCGAAAAUAGAUUUCGAGAAAGUCGGAAAGAGCCUCAAAGACGUACUUCGAGCUACGGCGUGUACAACACCACAUCGCUGAACAUUCUCUGUUUCUGGAAUGGAGGUCAGUAUUACCACUACUUGAAUAAGGACGGCGACGCCCGUGCUGGAGCUCGACAAGUCAACAUGCACGAUGAUGCGAAUCUGCCAUACAACGCCAAGCGCAUGUAA